CAGGAGCUCCAGAAAGGGACAGCAAUUGGAAAGAAAGCAAUGCAUUUCAGCAGGAUGUCUGUGAAACACCUUUCAGUUCUGCUGCUGCUGCUACCACUGAGUUGUUACUUCGGCUCUGGGAGUUGUGGGAAGGUGCUGGUGUGGCCUAUGGAAUUCAGUCAUUGGAUGAAUUUGAAGACAAUUUUGGAUGAACUUGUCCAGCGAGGUCAUGAAGUCACUGUCCUGAGAUCUUCAGCUUCUGUUGUCAUUAGUUCCAACAGUGAAUCUGGAAUUCAACUUGAAACUUUUCCUACAAAUUUCACCAAAGAUGAAGUGGAAACUUUUUUCAUGUACUGGAUCAAUCAAUUGAUAUAUAAUGUGUCAUUUGAUAUAUAUUGGGAGCACUUUCCAGUAAUGCAAGAGUUUAUUUUAGCAUAUUCUGAUGUUUAUGAAAGUCUCUGCAAAGAAGUAGUUUUGAAUAAGAAACUCAUGACCAAGCUUCAAGAAUCAAGGUUUGAUGUUGUUCUUGCAGAUGCCUUUGCUCCCUGUGGCGAGCUACUUGCUGAGCUUCUGGAAAUACCCCUGGUGUACAGUCUUCGUGGCUUUCCUGCCUACUUACUGGAGAAGUAUGGUGGAGGACUUCUAUUUCCUCCUUCCUACGUACCUAUUAUCCUGUCUGGUUUAAGCAGUCAAAUGACAUUCAUGGAGAGGGUACAAAAUAUGAUAUGUGUGCUUUAUUUUGAUUUCUGGUUUUCAACAUUAAACGAGAAGCGGUGGAAUCACUUUUACAGUGAAGUACUAGGAAGACCUGUUACAUUCAUAGAGCUAGUGGGGAAAGCUGACAUAUGGCUCAUUCGAAGCUAUUGGGAUUUGGAGUUUCCUCGUCCACUUUUACCAAACUUUGAUUUUGUCGGAGGGCUCCACUGCAAACCUGCCAAACCUCUGCCUCAGGAGAUGGAAGCCUUUGUGCAGAGCUCUGGGGAAGAGGGAGUGGUGGUGUUUUCCCUGGGGUCCAUGAUCACUAACAUGACAGAGGAAAGGACCAAUGUGAUUGCAUCAGCUCUGGCCCAGCUGCCACAGAAGGUUCUUUGGCGAUUUGAAGGCAAGAUACCAGACACAUUAGGAUCCAACACUCGACUCUAUAAGUGGAUACCCCAGAAUGACCUUCUAGGUCAUCCAAAAACCAAAGCUUUUAUAACUCACGGUGGAGCCAAUGGUGUCUUUGAAGCAAUCUACCAUGGAGUUCCUAUGGUGGGCCUUCCUUUGUUUGGAGAUCAACCUGAUAACAUUCUCUACAUGAAGACCAAGGGAGCAGCUGUUAAAUUGGACUGGAAAACAAUGUCAAGUGCUGAUUUGCUCAAUGCCUUGAAGACAGUCAUUAAUGAUCCUUCCUAUAAAGAGAACGCCGUGAGGUUAUCAAGGAUUCACCAUGAUCAGCCCAUGAAGCCCCUGGAUCGAGCAGUCUUCUGGAUCGAGUACGUCAUGCGCCACAAAGGAGCCAAACACCUCCGGGUUGCAGCCCACGACCUCACCUGGUACCAGUACCACUCUCUGGAUGUGAUUGGCUUCCUGCUGGCUUGUGUGACAAUCACUACUUACCUUGUCAUGAAAUGUAGUAUUCUUGUUUAUCAAAAUGUGGUUGUGACAGGGAAGAAGAAAAAGAAGGAUUAGAGGUCAUCAAGAUUUAAGGCCGGGAGCCAGGGCAAGUGAGACCAUUUCUUUAUAUCAGCUACAAUGGAUCAUGGUGUGGCAAGAUGGUUCUCCACAGUUUAUAAGAUCUAUGGAUUCCUGGCUUAUCCAAAUACUUUAUUCUUAAUUAAGCAUGAAAACACACACACACACACACACAGUUGGAGUUGCAUCAAUCCUCAAAUAAUUCUACUUUAAUUGUAACUGAAAAUAAAUGAGAUUCACUGGAGCAUUAGUCUGUUGAUGUCCUGAUGUUUUCAUGUGCAUUUGCAGAAACAUCAUGUACUUGAACAUAAUGCAAUCAAAUAGAAUAUUUGUAUCCUUUCCAAAGAAAGCCAGAACCAGAUUUUUUUUAAAGGUGCUAAGAGAAAUUUUAUCCAAACCUCUGUAGCAUGGAAGAGAGAGUCCAGGAUAAACUGACUUCAACUUAAACUAAGACAAAGUGACUGUGAUUUAAAACAAACAAACAAAAAAGAUAAGUGGGCCGGCACUGUGGCAUAACAAGUAAAGCAGCCGCCUCCUGGGCCGGCAUCUCACGUGAGUGCCGGUUCGAGUCCCAGAUGCUCCACUUCCAAUCCAGCUUUCUGCUAUGGCCUGGGAAAGCAGUAGAAGAUGGCCCAAGGUCCUUGGGACCCUGCAGCCUCGCUGGAGACCUGGAAGAAGCUUCUGGCUCCUGAGUUCAGAUCGGCACAGCUUCAGCCAUUGCAGCCAACCGGGGGAGUGAACCAGAGGAUGGAAGACCUCUCUCUCUCUCCUUCUCUCACUGUGUAACUCUGUCUUUCAAAGAAUGAGUUAGAAAAUUACUAAUAUUGAUUUGGCAAGGUGGGUGGGACAAAGGCCAUUUUUCAGUUUGGCAGGAGUAUGUUUUUGUCAGCAAAAAAUAAGCAUGGAGAACAGAUUCACCUUUAGCACAGUGUUUAGGAAAGUCUUUUUUACUACAUGGAGUGUACAGCUCACAUUUCUAAUGAGGUACAAGCCCUGUAAUCAUGGAUAUUUUUAAAAUUUUGUUUAAAAAAUUUUAGAUGUCCCAAACUUACUUUCUAUGUAAAUUGAACAAUCUAGUAAAAUAUUUGGUUUCAAAGAUUAAAUACUUGUUUUACAUGGAGCCUUAAAAAUGCUUGAGAUAUAAUUGCCAUACUAUUAAGUGAUCCUAGUAAGUUGUUAGUAACACACAAAAUGAAAUUAGAGACUACUUCCUUUUAGUCAGGUUUGACAGCUUGGGUCCAACAAGUUUAAUCCACUGCCUCUGGCUUAUAAUGCUAGAAAUUUUUGCUCCUCCUACAAUAACAUCUUCCAUUUGCUAGCCUUGCAUUGCCAUGUCAGGUGCUUCCAACUGCUUUAAGGCUUGGGUACUGAGAACAUGGAAAUCAGAAGUUCAUAUUAACUUUCUAGUAUACUCUCAGUUCACAAUGCACAGAAGCAGAAAUAGAAGAAUAAAGAGACAAGUAUUAUACAAAGGGACCUUUAAAGCCUAUUCUAGAGAAAACAGCUAAAUGGAAAAAUGAAUUCACAUCUUGCCUUCAAAUAUUUUUAUGCAGAGAGUUGGGACUCAGAACACAAAGAUUACAAAGUAAACAGAGAAAAGACAACAUGAGUUAAGGACAGCAUUUUUGUCUGACAGAAGAUAUAUUUAAAUAAUCAGGUAGAAGAUAAGUAUAAUUAAUGAUUAUUGAAGCAUGAAAUAUAUUUUUAUGCAUUCUUCAAUGCUAUAAAAUUAUUUUCUGUAAUAAUUCAUAACAAAGCUUAUUAUAUCGCCAAUAAAAUAAUGAAUAUGUUUCUUUCACUAAACAUUGAAUGUAUAAUCUAGCCACUAUAAAGCAAAGUGUACAACAGUUAAGUAUAGAAGAGGAAGACAGAAUUGUGUUAACAGUCUUUAAUUUCACUAAUGUAUUUUUUAAAAAGAGAAAUAUAUAUAUAAGAGUAGGAAUAAAAGAGGGAGGAGAUGUACAAUUUGGGACAUGCUCAAUCGGACUUACCCCAAAUGGUGGAAUUAGAAAUGUGCCAGGGGAUUUCAAUACAAUCCCAUCAAGAUUGCAUGAACUAAUGCCAUCUCACUAGUUCACAAUUGAUCACACUGAUAGGUCUAAGAGUCAAAGAAAUCACACAAACAAGAAUAGUGUCUGCAAAUACUAACUGACAGGAUGAAAAAGGGAGAGAAUGAUCCAGCAUGGGAAGUAGGAUACACAUAGAAUGGCAGAUGCCCUAAACAGCACUCUGGCCUCAGAAUCAGCCCUUGAAGCAUUCGGAUCUGGCUGAAGAACCCAUGAAAGUAUUUUAGGCAUGGAAAACCAAGACACUCUGGCAAAAAACAAACAAACAAACAAAACAAAAAACAAACAAACAAAAAAAAAAACCCAACCUAAAUGAAAGAUCUCUGCGAGUGAGAUCCCAGUAGAAAGAACAGGCCAUCAAAGGAGGAGGUACCCUUCUCUGAAGGGAGGCGAGAACUUCCACUUUGACUAUGACCUUGUCUAAAUAAGAUCGAAGUCAGCGAACUUAGGAGGCUUCCAUAACCUUGGAAACUCAUGACUAGAGUCUAGGGAGAUUUCUGACUCCAUAAACAAGAGUGUCAAAUUGUUAAGUCAACAACAGAACAGGAGUCACUGUGUACUUACUCCCCAUGUAGGAUCUUUGUCCUUAAUGUGUUGUCCAAUGUGAAUUAAUGCUAUAACUAGUACUGAAACAGUAUUUUACACUUUAUGUUCUGUGUGCGUGCAAACUGAUGAAAUCUGUACUUAAUAUAUACUAAAUCAAUCUUCUGUAUAUAAAGAUAAUUGAAAAUGAAAAAAAAAAUAAACCAAUCUUUUGCAACAAAAAAAUAAAAAGAGAAACAUG